AUGAUCAUCGAACGUUUCCUUGUCAGACAACAGUUCUCCCCUGAAGUGGUGCAUGCUGUUGUAAGCGUUAUCCACGAAAUGGUUUAUUGCACUAUUCACAGUCACGUUCAGUUGAGAAAAUCAAACUGGACUUCCGAACAAAAAAAUUCAUGCUUGGCCGAGGAGUUGGAUGAUACCUUGUAUUGGUAUUGCCGCGCUGCCCUUCAUCGAAUGAUUAAACUACAGAACGAGACUCUCCAGCAGAAAAAGGGUUGUGGGAAAGUGUCUACUGAACGACGCCCGAUUAUGGAGAAGGAAUUAGAACUAUUGAACCCUCUUGUAAUGAAAAACAAAUCUUCAAUUUCAGCAAGUCUCAAAAACUUGGAGGAAGGAAAUCUUUUCCACGGAUCGAGCUUCUUCCUUUUUUAA